AUGCUCUACACAUUAGCAGGAGGAGGCACUAUCUGUGGUGUGGCCGCCCUGGUGCUUCUCAUUGUCACUACAGCGACAGAUUUCUGGAUGCAGUACCGAUACUCUGGCAGCUGGGCCCAUCAGGGGCUGUGGAGGUUCUGUAUCAACCAUAAGUGCCAUGGCCACACCAUUACUGUAGCCUUCUGGGACGCCACCAGGGCCUUCAUGCUGCUGGCAGUGCUGAGCUGUUUGGCUGGAGUGGUGCUUGGUCUGACUGCUUUCACCAAUGGGACCAAGAACAGGAGGGUCCGCACUGGUGGGAUCGCCCUUAUUCUGUCAGCAUUCCUGGCACUGCUGGCUUUGGCCAUCUACACUGGGGUCACAGUCACCUUCUUUGGAAAGCGCUUCUUAAAUUGGAGGUUUUCAUGGUCCUACAUUAUCGGUUGGGUAGCCAUUAUUUUAGCUUUUGUGGCUGGAGUAUUUCAACUGUGUGCUUACCGAAGGAACACUUUGGAGCCUGCUCCUUCAAAUACCAUUGAGAGCUAA